AAGUUUAAAUAAAAAACAAACGGCUGAGAGCGCGCAAAGUCCUGAUAGUUUCUUUGCGUGAGAACCCGAAAUGCGGAACCGUCCAGUAUUAGUGCAGUUCACAUAUACGCUGGAGAGAGUAGGGCAUCAGGAAUGUUAUGGGGGCCCCCAUUUUCUGCUGGGGCUUUUUUAUUCGAGUGCUGGGAUCCCCUUGAACGAGAAUUGAGAGGCGACGUGCUGAAAUCCGAGACGGGGAAAAUAAGAAGAAGAAGAAGAGACUCUUGGCGAACAAAACACUUGACUCGACGUGUGUUCCAUCUCUUGGGGCUUCUUUUCGACUGUAGUGACACGAUGGCAUUUCAAUUUGGCGGGACAUUUUGUGCAAAGUGGUUCCUCUUCUUAUCGUAUCCCGCUGUGACCGAUGGACUUUUGACCGGGGCGGGAGAGACUUUUUUGAAUUUUGCCAGACACCAAAAGGUGCAGGAUGACAAUUGGGUAUAUCCAUCACGGCAAGAAGAAGAAGAAGAAGAACAAGACAAUGAACUUUAAUGGUGUCAUUUGUCUCUUUAGAAGUGGAAGACGAGAGAGAGAAGAGAGACAACCCACUUUUAGGAAGGGCAAAGUCACCAAAGGUCAACUAUUUCGGAUGAGGGGUGAAGAAAAACCAAUCGGAAUAGGCAUCCGCACCGGAUACGGACCUGGGGGGGAAAAACCGUCAAAAAUCUAGCUUUUUUUCCCACUGAAAAAUAUUUAUCGAAAGUACACACACAACUGUUUGUGUAUUUCAUUUAGAGUUCAAAAGAAAAAAAAAGGGGGUGAUGAUGUUGACCGCACCAAACUGACCGUCUCUCUCCCGCAAUCACGCCCCCCCCCCUUAACUUUCGUCGGCUUUCUCCUUUUUAGUAAGAAACACACAAUUUUCUCAAGUGCAUCUGCACAUUUUUGUUUCCUUCCGGAGCAGAAACUCUUCAAGUUCCCAUCCAUAUUUCAAUUCGAACUUUGCUCCUUCUGCCGGGCCGCAACGGCUUUCCAAUUAAUUUGAUAACAGAAAUUCACCAAAUUGUUUUUUUUCGCCGCUUUUACUUUGCUUCGAUUCAGACAAUCUCUGAGAGAGAGAGAGGGGGGAUAUUAAAAAAAAAGGACGGGCCAAUGCCAAGCGCUAUAGGGACCGGCCUUUUUAUAACUGUUCCCCUCUCUUGCCCAUCCAGACCAGUCGAGUCGCUGAAGCCGUGCCGUUCACACGUACGGUCUUGGCUCUUACUCUCUGCCAUUCAAACAACUUUUUUAAAAAUUCGUGUCCACUUUUUUUCUAUUCCCUUCGGGUGGUGUAAGAAAACAAUUAAAAAGAAAAACCCAACGGAUGUUUGUCCAUUCACAAAAUUUUGUUGUUUGAACGUUUAAAAAAUAAAAAAGAGAAAUUUGCGCGAGUGAAAGAAAAUGUUGCGGAAGAAGAGUGAGCUGGCAAGUAGCUAAAACAGUCGGAACAACUUGCACAAUUAUCGAUUUUUCUCCAGUGUGUGUGAGAGUGUGUGUGUGUGUGCUUCGACAUAUAUAUAUCCAUAAGAGAUCACCCCCGUGUGUGAGCGUGUUUUUGAGUGGCGUGUGCGCGCGCACGCACGUAGUACGUCCCGGAAGGAAACCCGAAAAAACUUGGCCGAGAGCACAGAUCUACUCCGGCGUGUUGGGAAGAAGAAGAAAAAAAAAGGAGCCAAAACGUUGACAUCUCUCAACACUCGAUCCCAUUUCUUAUUUAGAGUGGAGGAAAACAACCAGAAAAAUCUAUUGGAGAGAGGGACAGCACACACACGGUUGUUUAUGAAACACGGCCAGAAAAACGACCAGCAAAAUGAUGUUUACCCAUAGACAGGAGCAAUUUGCAGGCAAUUGCGUGGCCAGGGCCUUGUACGACAACAUUGCCGAGACUCCCGACGAACUGGCCUUCCGCAAAGGAGACGUCUUGACCGUAUUGGAACAAAAUACCAGCGGAUUGGAAGGCUGGUGGCUGUGCAUGCUCAGAGGUCGCCAGGGCAUUUGUCCAGCCAACCGACUGCGUUUGAUCGCCCGGGUCUACGACACUGGAGGCGGAGGAGGUGGUGGAUCUGCGGAUUUGAGCAACGUUUCUUACCCGCCCGUCUCGUCGCCUGGACUCAACAGUAUCGGCGGCAGCAGUUCCAGUAGUAGCAGUUCCAGCAGUAGCAGCUCGUCAAGUUCGAGCAGCUGCAGUAGCUCGUCGAGCAUCGGAGUCGGGCGGAUCCCUCCGCCGCAACAGCAAGCCAAAACCGGAAUGCUCAGCGCUGCCGUCCGGGCCCACCAACAAAAGCAACUGGACGGAGGAGCAGCCGACGGAUUCCGCACUCAAAAGUCGCCUUUUUUGGCCGCUCGUCCCAGCGAAAUCUUCGUCUAUCCGCAGCAUCCAGCAGCCGAGGCGUCGCAGGAUUGUUACGACAUGCCGAGAUCAUUGCACCAAACAUUGAUCCGCCAGGACUCGUCCAACUAUCAGGCGCCCCGCUCCCAUCGCUCGCCUCCUCCGGCCCAGUCUGCCAUUCAAAACGUUGCCGCCUUUGCGGAUUACGACGUUCCGCGUCCGCAUCACAACCGAAUCCAGCCAGUUAGAACGCCAUCCGUGGAUAGCAGUUGCGAGUACGACGUGCCCCGUCCGUCUAUGGAGACUUACGAUACGCCGCGAUUGGUGGCAAUCAGCGGCAAUGGCUCAAGUGGCGACAGUCCUCCACCCAUGUCCUUAUCGACGACUUCAACAACAAUGGGAGACGAGUACGACGUUCCGGUCCCGACCGCUCGCUUGCCAAAUCAAAGUCACAAUAACGGCUGUGGCAGCAACAAUCUGUCGGAUCGAUCCAGCGGCGUCUCGCUCUUCUCGUCCGGCAGCAGCAGUUCCGACGGCUCUUCGGCCAUUUCCAACGCUAAUCGAUCCGUCAGCUCAGAGUCGCUCUCGCUGUCCAGCGCCGUGGGUCGCAUUUCUGGCCGCUCCAGCCGCUCCAGCAUCAUCGAUCAGCAGCAACAAUCGUUCGAACUCUAUGACGUCCCAACGUCCAACCAUCAGGUAGUCAAAGAAGCGCUUCCUGCCAGUCAGCCCAUUCAGGAAGAGGUUUAUGACGUGCCGAAACCGGCGGCCGCUGUCGUGCCAGAAAGCGAAACCGCUUACGACGUUCCACCGCCGCCCACCGUCGUCACGGAAGAUGCCGGGCAAUCCCAGCAGCAGCAGCAGCUCGUCUACGAUAUUCCACCCUCCUCUCGUCCGAUCGUUGCGUCAGCCAGGCUGCCGGCCGGCAGUAGCCAACAGCAGCAGCAGCAGACAAUAAGUCAUCCGACUCCAUGUGAACAGCCAGGAGAAGAUACUUAUGAUAGCCCGAAACCAUUAUUGGGCGACUGGACGGAUAAGGUGUCCAGCAGCAACGCCACUCUGCCGCUGCCAUUAGACGCGGCGCUGGAAACGUUGAGUCGGUUGGACGCGGAAGUAUCCAGUGCUAUAAGUAACUUGCUGAGCUUUUGGCGAGCUGCUUCGGGUGGCGACUGGGCUGAGCUCCAGCUGCGUGUGCUCCGGCUGCGUGCGUCGCUCCAGGAACUCUGCGACUUUGCUCGCGGGGCCAUCGGCAACGCUUCGCAACGCCUCAAAAAUGGAGUCGGCGAUCAAGGUGUCACUAUCCGAUUGAUACGUCUCCUCCGGCCGCUUCAAGAUGCCAACGCCAUCGUUCAAAAGACAUCGCAGAGUUGUAUGGAUCUUUUCGCCACUAGCCGGCGGCGGCCCAACAGCGAGAACGAUGCAGAGCUCGACCAGCUGUUGGCUUGCUGUCGAAAUUUGGGCGAUGAUAUGCGACAGGUCGUUACGUUCAUACAGAGCAAUGGCCAUCUUUUGUUCGAUACCAACAACAAAAACCAGACGGAUAAUAAUUCGACGAACGACGACUACGAUUACGUCAAUCUCGAAUCCAAAGCCAAAUUCGAUCAGGAAAACGAAGAAGUGAAACGUACCUUACCGCACGAAAUGAAGAGGGCAUUCGACGUUCUAGUUGCCCAGUCUGAGGAUUUACCCGUGUUGCCAACCGCAGCCAACGACCAGGUCAGCGAUAAUGACCGGAACGUGAUGGAAUUCUAUGGGAGCCAGGCCGAGACUUAUGCCGUUUAUCUAAGCAACGCCAUCGAUGCCUUCAUCUUGACGCUGGAGCACAAUCAGCCCCCCAAAGUGUUUGUGGCCUACUCCAAAUUUGUCAUCCUUAAUGCCCAUAAGCUGCUCUGCAUUGGAGACACCGUUCACCGCAACGUUGUCAACGCCAAACUCAAAGCCAGCGUUCUAGAACGGUCCAACCAACUCUGCCAAGGAUUGCAGACGUGCGUUCAGAGCACCAAAAAGGCUGGCAGGGAGUUCCCAAGUGUCGUUGCCGUUCAAGGAAUGAUCGACUCUGUCCUGGCCGUUUCCAAAUUGGCGCAAAACCUAAAAACUUGUUUAGUUCAACCGACCAUUUCAACAAAUGGUCCAAAGUGAACGAAAAUGCACAAAUAAAAAAAAAAACUUGUUGAAAUGUUAGAAAGGGCUUCCACACAAACGCUGGACUGGACCACACACACACACACAGACACAAAAUAACGCAACGUAUCAUGAUUUCUGAUUCAAUCGACUGACGGAACAACAGUCUCUUUUGUGUUUUGUUUGUUUCGUUUUCUUUAUAACAUGCUCGUCAGGCAGCUCAAUUCUUUGUAUAAUUUAGUGACCCCCCUGAGUAUUUUUCUUUUCAUUAUUGUAUCAUACUAGUUUCGCCACAGUUGAUAAUAUCUUUCUAGUCUGUUACCUGUUGGGUGGUCGAUCCAGACUGCCGUAUAUCGCAAAUGAAGAGUGAUUCGUUUCCAAUUUUUUCGAUUCGUCAUUUCUUAACCAGUUUGGUGAGAAAAAUGAAAUAUUUUACCUACCCCCAAUUGAUUGUCUUAACCUUGAUCAAGAUAAAUAAAGGGUGAGCUUGUCUUCA